CUCAGAAUUACCUAACACAAUAUUUUAUGAACUGAUAGAAGCGUUGCGUGGGAACUGACGAUUCAAUAAUAUGCUUGACGUCAUGUUUUACUAUGAAAUAUGGUUCAUAUGCAUUUUCAAUAAUGCAUAUAUUAUUAUUGACUAACGUCAAAAUCCAGUUUGCAAAAACAAUAUAAGACAAUGCAAGCAGGAUACGGGAUUUGACCACUGGUCAAUUUUAAUGAAAAUUCUUAUAGUGAUAGCUCAUGUUGUGCUGAUCAAAUGUUUCAAUGGGCACAAAGCCCAGAAAUGUUCUGUUGAAGAUAUAGGGCGUUUCAGUUUGGUGCCUUAGCCCAUGUACAUAGUGUACCUUCUUGGUCUAUACAGGCGGUUAAGCAGCUCGUGGGCAACCCAUCACAGCGUUAGCACCUGACCCGUGAUGCCACCUUCCGCUAUCCAGGAUGGACCUGAGCUCCUGCGCGAGUUGGCUGAGCUGUUUGACCAGCGACAGCGACAGUAGCGCCACGGCGGGGGCCGGCGAAAGAAGGGCCGCUGUCACUGAGGCCUCUGACCCUCAGGAUGGCGGCAUCACCAGCGUGGUCACGUCAGGUCCGGGACCUAGUCCUGCAUCCACCAACUCAUGUACUGACGAUGUUGUGCCGCCUCCGAAGAAUUGCUACAGGCUGGUGGUCUUAGGUUCUGCCAGGGUAGGAAAAACGUGCCUAGUUGCCCGAUUUUUGGGCGGAAAAUUCCAAGAAAGCUACACGCCUACGAUAGAAGACUUCCACAGGAAACUAUAUAGAAUUAGAGGUGAAAUCCACCAACUAGAUAUUCUAGAUACAUCUGGGAACCAUCCAUUCCCAGCCAUGAGACGUCUUUCAUUUUUAACAGGUGAUCUUUUCGUACUAGUUUUUAGUAUGGACAGUAGAGAAACGUUUGAAGAAGCAAUACGUUUAAGGGAACAAAUUUUAGAGACCAAGGUAAACGCUGCUGCGAACACCACUGGCCUCACUAGAAGAAAAAUGUCACCCCGAGUCCCUAUGGUGUUAGUUGGCAGCAAAAGUGACAAGGAGAUGAGGACAGUAACAAUGGACGAAGUCCAGGCCUACGUGGACACCCAAGACUCCAGCUGCGUUUUCGUGGAUACCUCGGCCAAAAAGAACUACAAGGUAGACGAGGCCUUCUAUCAACUGUUUGUGAUAGCAAACCUCCCACAAGAGAUGGCGCCCAACCACCACAAGAGAAUCAGUGCGAGCUUUGGGGCUCCGUGUCCUUUGCCUCCCUCAGCGCCAUCUCAUCACGCCAAGAAGUACCACUUAUCGGUUAAGAGAAGGUUGAGCGACGCUUGUGGGGUGGUCACACCGAACGUAAGGAGACCCAGUAUAAGGACGGACUUAAUGAUUAUGAGGACUAAGACGUGUAGUUUAGGGGACAGUCCUGGGAAUUCAAACAGUUCUUCAGUUAGAUGGAGAAGGGUGGACAGCGGGUGUGUGUUGCAGUGAGGAAAUUUGACCAAAAUUGUUUAGAAUAACAUAUCGGUUCUGUUAUAAUGACUGUCCUUGAUGUUUGAGUGGCUUUCAAAACAUGUUCCUUUUUUACAAUUAUUAUUGCGUAGAAACCUCGCAUAUCUCUCUUAUUGGAUCGAAAAUGUAUGUACAUAACCAAAUCACGAGGACGGAUUACAUUGAAGUGAUUCAGGGUGACCAAUAUAUAGUAUACCAUACUGAUUAGAUCCAUUUUUUGUUUAAAUUGUUCAUAAGAAAUUGUGAGCUAUGCAUAAAAAAUAAUAUUACAUAAAUCAUCACCUCUAGAAGUCUUAGAAAGUCCCAUUGAUUACGUUUUACAUCACUAUUUGGCUAGGCUAGUGCUUAGUAAAAACCUAUUAUUUAGAAACCACAGCAAAACAGAUGUCUGGGAUUAUUCAAUUUGGCGAUCGCGGGGGUCAGAUGAUAUCGUCUAAUGGGAAGAUCAAACGGUCGGAAAAAUCUUCGCAAAACAUCGUUUCUCUAGUUAUUAUAUGAUAAAUAACUCUGCUCGACUUGAUACAGGUUGAUUUAGCCUGGCAGUGGUAGUUAGGGUUAGGGAAAUGUCAAAAGUAGAUGGGAAAAUACAGAUUUGAUAAAAAAGGUGACCUACUUUUCACGAUAUUUCAUCACAUUUUGACAUCUAUUGACGUGAAUAGCUGAUCAGCAACUGACAACUUUGUUCGUUUAUCUAUAAACUUAGACAUGGCCUCCAACCAAACUAGCGCCAUCUACCUCUAGCUCCCUCUAAUCCUGCAGCGAUUUCAAAAAGUAAGGUCUGGUAAAAUCUGAUCACAAGCAGCAAGAGCACUGAGGUGUGUGCGGUGCCUAGGGGCGGGAGUUUGUGUGAUAUCAUUUUUCAUAAUUACAACUUUUAAUAAAAGAUUAAGAACAAAACAAUAAUGGAUCUAUUUGGUUUCAUCUUAAAGAUAUUGGACAAACAAAUCAACCAGUUAUGUAUUAUAUAUUAUAAAAAAGUGAAGAGCUUGUGGAAACAAACAUUGAGCUGACGAUUAGUAGAGUUAUUUCUAAAUAAGUCGUUCCUUAGUCUUGAUAAUGAAAUCGAAAGAGCGACCGUAUCGCCAAAUGAGAAACAACCGAGUAACAAAAACGUUGAAGCCUGGCAAAUUGGUCUAUCAGGCCUGGAUACUGACGGAAUUAUCGACUAAAGCUUAGAUGAACUAAAUUUUGUUGGUUUGUCGCGAAAAUAUGUAAUACUAGGGGCCAUUCAAGUAUUAUGUUUUGUUAUGCUUAUGUUUGAUGACAUGGGGGACGGGGAGAUUUUUUACAAUAUUUAGAAGUUGGGCAAUUAUUAUUUGUCACAUGUUUCUGAUUUUUUUGCAAUAUUUAUUAGAUAUGGGUAUCUCACCGGUCCAAAGUAGGAAUAUAGGAGAUUUCGCGUGAUCCAUAUCUGUUUAUAUUCUUUCAGUGUCACAGUUGGAUACAGAAACUGAAAACUCUAAAAGAAUGCUGAGACUGCGAUGUGAACACUGAGUAGGGAUUAAGUCAUCAAGCAAAGUGUAGAACUAUACUUGAAAAUUUUUGGAAAUAAUAUGAUUACGUUUCCAUUUAUCUCAGAAUUUAUAAACAUCCGUUUUCAUCGAAUUUCUCAAAAGUUUAACGCUUACGUGGUUACCUGUACUGACUAAACAGAAAGUUGGGCCGUACUAGAAAAAAUGUUAUUUUUUAUAUUGCCCUGUCAAAAUUUAAUGACAAUCGAACCACUUCACGCGGAGUUAUCGCGCUAGAGUUGAAAAAUGAGCAUCGAACAAAGAGCCAAUAUUAAGUUCUGUGUUAAAUGUGGUAAAACAUUUACCGAAACGCAUUAGAUGUUGAUGCAGGUAUAUAGUGAUGAUUGUUUAUUUCGUAGCCGAGUCCACGAGUGGUUUCCACAGUUCAAAGAGGGUCGUGAGUCGCUGGAAGACGACGAACAUGUUGGCCAGAAACCGUCAAAAACUUGCGUGAAUUUAUCAAAACUGAUCUCUGAAGAUUCAAUCCAACGCAUUUUGACCAUGAAUUUAGGUGUGAGAAAGGUGUGUUUAUGGUUUGUUCCGCACAAGCUCACGGAUGACCAAAAAUUGCUUCGAAUUCAACCUUCGAGGGAUAUCAUUAAAGAGGUCAAAAAGACAAGAACUUUCUGUAGAACAUUGUGACUGGUGACGAAACGUGGUGCUUUCAAUACGAUUUCGAAACCCAAGCGUCAAAGUGCCGGAUGGAAGCACCCAAGCGAGUUAAAUCCGAAAAGCCGUUUGGAAAAGUACAAUGUGAAGAUAAUGUUGAUUCGUUUCUACGAUUCGAAGGGAAUUAUUCACAAAGAAUUCGUUCCACCGAGCCAAACGGUUAAUGCUUGGUGUUGUGAGGCUUUGCUGUCGCCUAUUUGGGGUGUUCGGCCAGAAUAUCACGAAGAAGGAAGCCGGCGGCGCUUGUUGCACGUUAAUGCACCAUCUCAUUGAUCGACGCUUGUGUCCGAUUUUUGACAAAAAAUGGCAUUUUAACAAUCAACCACUCCACAUAUUCUCGUGAUAUGGCACUGUGUGAUUAUUUUCUGUUUGGUAAACUACAUUUGGCCAUGAAGGCACAGCGGUAUGCCGAUGUAGAGGCCAUCCAAAAGGCGUCGACGACCAUUUUGAAGGAAAUCCUCGUCAGUGAGGUAAAAUUAUCAUUCGAAAAUCUUUUGGUCCGUGCAAAUCGCUGUUUUGACUCUGAAGGAGACUAUUUUGAAAAAAAUGGAUUUUCUGAAACAAAAAAUGUUUGUUCAUUUUUUCUGUGUUGUUUACUUUGCGACAGAUCUAAUACUAUGAGAAAUUAACAUUUAUGACGGCAACCUUCCAUCUACAAAGAGCUGUUUUCCUUGGAUAAAUAAUAAUAAAAAGGCGCCUAUGUAAGUAAUGAAUGACAUUCAAUAUUGUAUCCUGUUAAUUUCAUUUCAUUAUAGCAGUUUGACAACUGAACUUUUCCAAAUAUUUAAAAACGUGUUCGUAUAUCUAGUUCCUCCUGUUACAACCACCAAUGUCGAACAGUAACUGUCCAAUCUUAUCAAAAACUUCAAAUACCAUGAGCUGAGAACAAAUAAUUUGAAUAGAACAAAUUUUUUAGUAGAAAAAAUAAUUUCGUUUAUAUGUAAAGAAUAUUGAAACAUGUUUAAAAAUGUUAACUGUUUUCUUGUAUAAAUAUUAAAUGUGCAAUAAAUGUACAUGAAUAGCAAUGAUGAAUAAUACAAAAAUUCUGCUUACAUAAUACUUGAGUAACCCCUUAUAACUAAUAAGGGAAACGGAAUUCAUCAGACAGUGAUCCUCGAGAUCACUUUAAGAGAGCAUUUAAGAGAAAACUGUCGUAUUAAUUCUUUAUAUUUCUUGAUGUAUCCUUGAUUUAUUGCUAUCUAAAAGAGGAUACAGGCCAGGAUUUAUAACAGAACCUAACAUUUCGACCAAUUUUUGACCACAACCUAUAGGUACUAGAAAAAUAAAUUAGUGUAAUGUUGUGUAAUAUAAAUGUGAAGCCAUCGUUGUCGGCAGAAUUGAUUUGUUAAUGAUAAAGGUGUGCAAUAAUAUAACGUCUAGAUGUGUAACCGCAUGUUUUCGCGUAUUAAUGUAAAAUUUAAUAAAAAGAAAUCAAAAGGGUAUUUGUCAAACACCAAGAUCAUAUUGUUAAAAUCUAUAAUGUAAGAUAAAACUCAUUUUCGUGAUACAAUUUGAGCAAAUGAUAAGAUGACCAUAAACAAGCAAUACUUAGUUGAUUAGCCAUUUUAAAUAAUAUUAGCACAAAUUUUGACGAUUAUGAUGAAAAACAGAGAAUUGACAAAACUUCAAAACCACUAUUAUUGACACUUUUUGUCUCGCGAUAAUCACAGCCGUUUUAAACAUUAAUACAACUAACAUGUGUUGGAAUUUUAUCAUGAAAAUACCUACUGCGUGAUAUUUUAGACACUUUCUACAGUCCGAAAAAAUAAGGAGAAUUUUUACUGUACUACAGCAUAGUUGUAAGUUAAAUGUUAUGUGAAAUAAAACUUGCUGAUGUAUACACUAGAUCGUGAUGGAGUUGCUAGAAAUUAAGUGUAAAAUCAAAAUAUUUAAUUUUAUUUUUGAUAACGGUUGAUUUCAAGGUCGCUAAAGGCACGCGUCCACAUGUCCCCAUCUCACCCUUCGUACUAUUCUUUGCAUAAAAUCAUAUCAUCCACUGGUUCAUAUCGGGCAGUAGGCAAAGUGAUGAUAAUUUUUUGAGGAAUUCAUUAUUCAAAAGCGUACCGAUAACGACAAAUCGAUAUUACAAAUCAGUGGACGCAUCACCGUUGGGGCACCGAAUCACAGUGGUCUAUCUAUGCAAGAACCUGGCAAAAAUUGGAAUACAAAGUAUCGGAAAUAAACAUAAAUUAUUACAUAUUUCAAAGUUAUUACCUUGAUAUUUACCGGUGGAAACAUCUACCUUCAUUAGGCGUGUGUCGCUCAUUGUAAAUUAUGUAUGAAGUACCAUAUCUUGAAAUUGUCUAAAACCACAAUUAUCUGCAAUUAAUCGCACUUUUAAAAUAUAACACUAAAUACACGAAUUUAAUGACAAAUGUCAAAACAUUCACUCCGCACAUUGACUCUCACUUUAGACUAUGAGAAUUAGGAGACAAAUAAAUCCUUGACUGGCUCUUCUACCUAAUCCGGAUUCGUUGUUCGACAUUAAAACGGCAAAAUUGAAGAGCUUCUGUAUCAUCCGUUAUGUUGUGCGUUGAAAAUAUUUGAGCAUCUGAAUAUGGAUCAUAAUAAAGGGAGUACGAACUUUCAUUUGAUGUAACAGAAAUUAAUUAAUUGUUUUCAUGUAAGACCGUGGAUUGAACGGAUUACUUUUUUUACUUGCACUACUUUAUGUCAGUAUAUUUCAGAGGAGCUUUUAAUAAGGUUCCUUCUAUUUUCCCACAUGAAAUAAAUUAUGUUUGUGAACUUUAUUUAUUUCGAAAUCCCAUCUCAAAUGAGGUUAGGAAAAAAUAAAAAGUGAUUUUGGGAUAAAUCUAGUAUGCGAAGCAAAUACUAUCUGAAUCUACCUAGGGAAUUCUGCUUUUUUGAAAUAAGUAAGAUUUGGUAAUGUCAAUGUAUGACGUAUUAUACAUUUUUGGAAUCAGAAUCAAGAACUCUAUUCAUUUGUGCAAAAAUCCAAUAUGGCAUUCAUAAUCAAAAAUAAAGUUGAUGCUGGUUGGCAAGAGUCGAAACAUAUUGAAAUUCUAAUUAUGCCAUCCUGUAGAGGAGAAAAAAGGCAACGUUAAUGAGUAAUUUAUUUUAAAAUCCUACUAUAAAUAAAGUCAGGAGAAGAUUAAAACGAUUUUGGGAAAAUUCGAUUUUUCCGUCUCACUCCGGAAGUACUUUGAAUUACGACACUUUCUAGCGGCAUUUUUUUAAUUACCUAAAUACGCAACUUUGCCAAUAUUUAAGCGACUUCAUAUCUAUUAGAGUUUCCGAGAUCCCAAUGACGAGGAUCGAACUUGACACACCCUGUAUAUUUCAUAUCAUUUUUUGCUAACUUUUGCAAACUAUUGAAAAAUACAACCUUACAUACUGCCAUCUUAUGGCAGGUGGGCAGAAACGGUUUUUCAACUUUUUCGAAAGUGUCCGUUUAGUGGCCUUAAAAUUCCCUUAAAACUUCUUCCUCAAGACAAAACUGAUCUUUAAUUUGGACUCAACGACCGAGAAAACCUAUGACUCGCGUCUGGUCUGGGAUGUUGAACUCAUUUUGAAUUUUUCUUGGAGUGACCUUGAAACGACCUGCAAAUGCCCUCAUAGAGACAAAUUAACUUCAGAUUUAAAAUCAGCGUCCCAAAAACCAUACCAUACUUACAAUCGUAUAAAUACCCCAGAAAUGUUUACCAGCUUUUCGGAGUUCUAGACCACUGUGCGACUGCAUGGGUUCAUCUGUAUGGGUAUAUAUAUAUGAAGGGUUUCCAGCAAAAACCGCAUUUGUCAAAUUUGUCCACUUUUGAGAUAUUGGCAACAUUGUAUCAAGA